AUGAAUUUGGUUUCUCGAUGUAAAUUUUUUAAAUAUUCUAUACGUUUACGUUUGAUAGAUAAAAAUACAUUAUCAACACAAGCAAUAUUAUUGCGUGCUAAUGACUAUAAAUCGAAAUCAACACAAACAACAUUAAUACGUCCUAAUGAAAAUAAAUUGAAUCGUUUGAAUCGUAUCAUUUUCGGAAGUAGAAUAUUUGAUGAACCAAAAGAUAUCGAACGUGUAUUAAAAGAAGUAUUGUUGGAUUUCCAAACUUCGAAGGAUGUUAGACGUCAAAGUACUGAAAUGGGUGUGCAAAUAAUGAAAUAUCGUACAGCGAUUCGACAAUUUGUUAAAGAAGUGCGGGAUGGAAAGCUAGAAAAAUGUAAUAGAAUAGCGUUACAAUCUGCGCUUAAUGAGGAAAAUGCAAAUUCUGGAGUGUAUUGUGGUCCAUUGCGUUUACUUGCACAUGAAGUUUUUGACAGAUUUAAUAAUAAGGGAGUCCCAUGUAAUCUUGUGACUGGAGAGGAAAGAAGGGAAUUAAAAGGGAUUCAUGUACCUUUGACGUCUUCGACUAUUGAAAUGGUUAAUCUACAAAAGCAAGUCGAUGUAGCUGUUAUCGAUGAGAUUCAGAUGAUAAGUGAUCAACAACGAGGAUGGGCAUGGACGCAAGCCCUUUUGGGUUUACAAGCUAAAGAGAUUCAUAUAUGUGGAGAACCUUCGGCUGUACCACUUGUUAGGUCUAUUUGCCAAAGUAUCAAUGAGGACAUUGAGGUUCGGGAAUAUAAACGUCUUUCUACUCUUGAAAUAAGUCCAAAAUCUCUUGAUGGUGAUCUUAAAAAAAUAAAAAAAGGCGACUGCGUGGUAACUUUUUCCAGAAAAUCAAUAUUCAGUCUAAAGCAUGAGAUUGAAGCAGCUACUGGUCUUCGCUGUGCAGUUGCAUAUGGUAGUCUGCCACCUGAAACUCGGUCGCAACAAGCAAAGUUAUUCAAUGACCCUAAUAGUGGGUUCGAUGUUCUUGUUGCAAGUGAUGCUGUUGGAAUGGUAUUCGAAUCCAUAAAAAAAUAUGAUGGAAUAGGUAUACGACACAUCCCUAUUCCUCAGAUUAAGCAAAUCGCUGGACGAGCUGGUCGAUUUGGUACUGAAAACUCUGUUGGUGAAAGCAUGGAUUUGAAAUAUAUACAUCAAGCAAUGGAAGCUCCACACAAAGAUUUGGAGAUGGCAGGAUUACAGCCUACAAUGGAAAUGGUAGAACUCUUUGCUCAUCAAUUGCCAGAUGUUAAAGAAUUUGCGGUUCUACUGGGAAGUCCUUGUAAUAUCUCAAAAAUAGUCACACUUCCGGAAACAGUACCCCAUAAUGAUGAUAUGCUUGGCGAACUUGAAUCCGUUCAUCAUUUGGCUCGUGAAAUGAAACUUAAAUGUGAAACAAUCAUCCAUGAUGCAUUGCAAAAGCUUAAAACUCCAAGAAGGCGACCUCGUAUCACCACAAGAGAUGUCAGAGAAUUAAAAAUGAUAACAAAAAAUAAUAAUAAACAUUUGGAUAAAAAACCAAAAAUUACAUCAUAUGGUAAAAAUGGCGCAGUUAAUACAGUAAAAAAACCGGUGCCUCAUAAACAAAUUGAGAACUUGUAG